GGCAACGCCUUCCGGAAGAUCUCCGCGCUGGCGGCGCCGGUCGCCAUCCCGAAGCAGCAGGGCCUCACGCGCCAGCAGGCGCUGGGCCGACUCGGCGGCAAGUGCGCCGGGUCCAUCGGCGAGAACAAGUUCGCCGUCGAGGUCGCGGCCGACGGAAGAUCGAGGUGCCAAUUGCGGACGUGCAAGGUCCCGCUGAAGAUCGGCGAGUUACGCCUUGGAAAAAGACCGCCGUCGCUACGCCACGGCCAGAACAAGAAGUGCACGUGGUACCAUCCCGAAUGUGCCAUGGUCGCCUUCGCGGCCUGCUCGAAGAAGUCGCGCGUCGUCGAGCGCGUCGAGGACAUCGACUACGGCUUCGAAAGUCUCUCGGCGAAGGACCAGCAAAGAAUUAGAAAGGCCAUCGCGAACCGGCCCGUCGACAAGAGCGUUGUCCAGAGAAAGCCCUCGUCGAAGCCCCGCAAGUGCCACAAGGUCCCGAUUGUACAUGCCAUCGACACGGACACGUCGUGUGCUUCCUCACUAGAUGAGCGCGUCGGCCGGCUGACGGACGACGAGGACGUCGACGAGAAGCCUUCUGGGUCGAUCUCCAUGUUGCGAGCCGCCGGAUCGUUUGUCAUGUCUCCGAGCAACCCGCCGCCGGCGCCGACCGAAGUCGCCGAGGAACUGGCCAGUUUCGCGUUCGGCGGCUCGUUGGAUUUCAACGAAGCCAUGUCGUCCGAGAUGCAGGACGAGCCGUUUUAUCGGGACGCGUUUUAUCGUUCUCCUUCGCGCUUAGAAGAGGCUCUCUCCGCGCCUCUGCCGCCGUCGCCGCCGGGCCAAUACUCAUUAUUGCGGCCGCAACUCAAUGAUGGUACGGUCGACUGGCCGCAGGUGCCCCUCGACCAGCUCGUCGACGUCGCGAUCACCGGUCCCCUGGCCUUAGUAGCCUGCGAUGAUGAUGUAGAAACAGUCUCCGGCGACGUCGACGUCGACUUCGCUGAUCCCUAG